AAAAAAAAAAAAAAAAAAAAAAAAAAUUCCUUGUCGACCUCUUCCACAGACGCCAUGAUGCACCACCGCCGCCUACCACCCCACCACCACAGCCAUAAGACAUCUCUUCGCCGCCGUCUUGCCAAAAACCCCGAGCUCGCUCACAAGCUACACCAGAUGGCCCUGCCCCUGUCUCCUCUUGUCCAGCUCACAACCGGUGCCAUCCACCCUCAUUUCCCGCGCACCGUGCUUCAGUUUUGGCUCCUCACUGAUGCUCAGCUCGAAUCCCUUGCUCAGUUCUAUCACCAGCGCACCCCAUCACCCUGGUCUAGGCAGUACCCUUGCCCGGUCAACUGGCGUUCCGAUGCGCCACUUGAAGAGAAGCGCCGCAAGAUGGGCAGGUUUAUUGGCCUAAGGGGCUGCGAGAGCCCGACGGCUGUCCUCAAGACCGAGGAGCAGAUUGCGAGAGACGCUAGACUCGCCAGCAGGAAUGCAGCCGAUGAGGAUGUUUUGAGACGGAAGAUGAACCCUUUCUCCCAGCCGUGAUGGACGGACUGGUUUAUUUCCUUUCUCUUUUUCCCGGGCACAGCAUUGUUCAUCAUUAUCAAUUAUCCUCAUGGAUCCGGAAUCGGCAUCAUCCUCGGUGACGGGUGGCUUCUGGCUCUGGAGUUUCGAAAGGCUCUAUGGCGUUUUGUUUUGUUUUGUUUUUGGAUUUCCAACCAUUGGAUCGGAUGUUUCUCUUGAAACGGCUACUACUUGCAUUUUAGAUUGGCAACUUCACACUGCCAUUCCCACAUGGGAUUUUCGUACAUACUCUGUAUAUACUUGUGUUGGACUACGGGUCGGGAGGGUCAGGAGGGAUUAUAAGAACAGCAUAUAUGGAGCAUUGGAGGGAGAGGUGGACUAACGGAUGGCCUGCGUAGAAUACUUACAGCAAUGACUUGAUAUGACUUGAACAUACUUGUUUAUCUUUCAUAUUAAAUAUAAGACAAAUUCAAC